CGUCACAUGUUGUUUUUCUCCUGGAGGAUCAGCGCAGCUCAGACUCAGCUCUGCAGCUUGUUUUUCCUAUUUAUUUCAGUUUUUUGUUUUUUCUUAAAAAAAUCUGUGCGUCUAUUCGUUUUUAUUUAGAAAAAAUACCUACUGAGCUGAUCUGGACUUGAAAUCGAGGCAGUAAUGGCGAGUCCUCCGACGUCGGGAGGACACCUGUUAUCCGGCGGGACGGCGGACGUGAAGAAGAGCGGCUACCUGCGGAAGCAGAAACACGGACACCGGCGCUUCUUCGUGCUCCGGGAGCACACGGAGCGCAGCCCGGCCCGACUCGAGUACUACGAGAGCGAGAAGAAGUGGAGGAAUAGGUCCGCCGCCAAGCGGGUCGUCACCCUGGACUCGUGCCUGUGCGUCAACAAGCGGGCGGACGCCAAACACAAGUACCUGAUCGCCCUUUACACCAAGGACGAGUACUUCGCCGUGGCUGCGGACACCGAGCUGGAGCAGGAGAGCUGGUUCUCGGUUCUGACCGAGCUGAUUGCAGAGGGGAAGGUGUUCGACAGCCCCGCCUCCACCUCCUCCUUAGUGGGCUUUGAGGACUCCAGCUAUGGACACCUUACUCCUGUAAGCACUGCCUACAAGGAGGUGUGGCAGGUCACCUUGAAGUCCAAAGGUCUGGGUCAGGUCAAGAACCUCACUGGGGUCUACAGGCUGUGCUUGUCCAGCAGAAUCAUCAGCUUCGUUAAGCUGAACUCAGAAACGGCGGCGGUCACGUUGCAGCUCAUGAACAUCAGGAGGUGUGGCCACUCCGACAACUUCUUCUUCAUUGAGGUGGGCAGGUCAGCGGUGACAGGUCCUGGGGAGUUCUGGAUGCAGGCAGAGGACUCGGUGGUGGCGCAGAACAUCCACGAAACCAUCCUGGAGGCCAUGAAGGCCAUGAAGGAGCUGUCCGAGUUCAGGCCGAGGAGCAAGAGCCAGUCGGCCAGUACCAACCCCAUCUCCGUGCCCACCAGGCGCAACCUGAACAACCUGCCCCCCAGUCAGACCGGCCUGGUGAGACGGUCCAGAACCGACAGCAUGGCCGCCUCGUCCCCGGGAACUAAGUACCCGUCCUGUCGGAUAAGAACAUCCAGCGAGGGCGAUGGAAGCAUCACCCGGCCUGCGUCCAUGUCCAUAUCUGUGAGCAAGAGUCCCAGCAGUCCCGGGUCUGGGAGUCCACUGAACAGGUGCCUCACUCUCAGUAGUGGGCGAACCUGCAGGAUGCUAGAGUCCGCCUCCAACCUUCACCACGGCCGCUCUGUACCAGGGUCCAACUCUCCCCCGGCUGCCUCCAGCCCCAUCAGCGCGUCACCCAGAGGAGGGACCGCAGUCUCCACUCCAGACAAAACCAGGCGGCCCUUCAGCUGCAGCGCUUCCAUUUCAGGGUCACUCGGCGAUGCUGGGUUCAUGCUCUGCGACGAUUACAGCUCCAGUCCAGGCGAGCCCCGGUUCCUCUGCUUGACUCGGAGCAACACCCCUGACUCUCUGUCCAGCACGCCGCCGUCCCGUGACGCCAGCGACCCCGGCGGAUACAUGAUCAUGGAGGGCUCCAACGGCGGCAGGUCCGGGGCCAAAGGUUCGACUUUGGAAAAGGCGUACAGGAAACGGACGCACUCCCUCACCACUCCGCGUCAACAGAAAGUGGUGGCAUCAUUGUCAUCUGCGUCUUUGGAUGACUACACACUCAUGAGGAUGGCCCAUGGACAGAACUCCCACUCUGCUUCCCCUAAAGUCUGCUACCCCGAGGACUACGGUGACAUCGAGAUCGGCUCGUCCCGCAGCUCCAGCAGCAACCUCGGAGACGACGGCUACAUGCCCAUGACGCCCGGCGUAGCUUCCCAAUCCAGCAAGAUGGACAACUAUGUUCCCAUGAGCCCCAUGUGUGUUUCUGCUCCGAAGCAGAUCGUGAACCCCAGGGCCCAUCCCCAGACGGCUGCCGGUGGCGGCUACAAGACCAACUCCCCCUGCAGCAGCUCUCUGGAGGACAGCGGCUACAUGAGGAUGUGGUGUGGCUCCAAGUCCUCCAUUGAGAGCCCCGACAGGCACAGUGAAUAUAUGAACUUGUCGCCCGGGAACCCCCCUCCUCUACAGACCCCGCCCGAUUACUUCCUGGGUCCACUCACAGGUGAACCGGCAUCCUUUAGACCUGCCUAUCAGACUGGAUCCCUCACCUUGCCUGCGAAACUUCAGGCGUCCAAGAAUGAGGACAGUGGUCAGUACGUGUUGAUGAGCCCCCAAAGCUCAAAGAGGUCGGAAGGGUCGGACUACUACUCGGUGAUGCACCCCAGCGCAACGCAGACGUCACCUCUGAGCCCCUCUGUGCCCUCUCCACUCAGACACAACCGAGCAGAGAGCCUGGCUUACCGAGGAAGGCUGGGCCGACCCAACCGGCUGUCCUUGGACACCCUGCGGACCCUGCCCAGCAUGAACGAGCACCCGCUCCCUGGAGAGCCCCGGAGCCCCGGCGAGUACAUCAACAUUGACUUUGGGGGAACCGGAUCCUGCACCGUGUCCACAGAGAGCCAGUCUUCGUCUCUGGGCUCCAGUAGUGGCGGCGAACUGGGGAGGUUGUCUUUGACAGACUACAUCAACCUGGACUUGGGCUCACACUCGCCCAAAGAGGCAGAUGCUCCCGCUGAGAACCUGGACGCUCUACCAGAGUUCCCCUCAUGCUCCUGCUCAGAGGAGGACGGGGUGUACCACGAGGAGCGGGAGAAAGGCCUCGGCAAUGAAGUCAAAGAUGACUACACUGAGAUGACAUUUGGGCGGGCCAGCUCGCCGCCGCACCUCGUACCCCAGAACCCAACAAGCAGUCAGAGCAACAGGGAGCGGCGUCUGUCCCAUGAGGACCAAGGUGUCCCAGACCACAUCGGGGUCUUCCUCCUUGGCGCCCCCUCAUCCUCCAACCCGGACUGCUCCGCCAAGGUCAUCCGGGCCAAUCCUCAGGGGCGGCGGCGCCACAGCUCUGAAACCUUCUCCUCCACGGCCACGGUGACCCCGGUCUUCCCCUCGUUCGCCCGCCAGGACGCUGUGAAGAGACCCAGCUCGGUGGAGAACAUCUCGUCUCGGAGCAGCGAGUGCUCCGACGAGGAGUUUGGCAGCCCUGUAAACCGCCAUGGCUCCAGCGGUUAUGCCGGUGGACUGAACUACAUCGCCUUGAACCUGCUGGACAACAGAGACGUGGAGAAAUGUGGCGACCUGAUCGGGUUUAAACCUGCCAGCAGCUGCAAAGGGGGCAUCAACGGAUUACACAACAUGCCGUACGUCUGUUUGGGCUUCAAGGAGGCCGCAACCACCGCCAAAGGUGGGUGGAGCUACUUAAAAAUUCAUACUGAAGAACUCCUCAGGACUUGGCGUCUCAACCUGCUGCUUGAAAACAAAAACACAAACCUAAAAGACAAGACGAUUCGGCCCAUCCGCCGGGCCCCCGUGACCUGAAAAGACAGUUUGGACCUUGGUCAUCACGAGACACAAAAGAAAUAAGCAGGUCACCAUUUAUGGCGCAAAUCGCCCCAAAGCGGGACAGGUGUGUUUUUUUUUCUCUGUUUUUUUAUUUAUUUUUUUAUUUUUUGUGUACAUUUUUUUUUGGUACGUCUCAUGUUUCCCUGCACUUUGAGAGGCCAUUUCUCCUGUGACCUACAUUUUUGGCACAAGCACAGAAGCAAAGAUAGUCAGACAAGCUGUAAUGGUACACAAAAACUAUUUAUUUACUCCAGGGUAGUUUGUGUCUGAGUGCGAGUGUGUCUCUGAGAGCAGCUGGUAUGUAAGUGAACAACGAGAAUACCAAGGUACACUGACUAUAUAUAUAUAUAUAUAUAUAUAUAUAUAUUAGAUACUUUAUUUAUUUUUGGAUGCUGAAUGUGUGAUAAGACCUGCCCAAUGCCUUAAUGUGUAUAUUCUUUAUGUUUUUUUAUUAAAUAUAAGAUAAAUAUUCUAUUAAGGUUUGUUUGGAUCUCUAUAUUGUUGUUCUAUUGUGGAAAAUACAGUUUUCCAAUUAAAAUAUACUGUUUCAGAACUGAACCGAACCAGUUUGGCUGCUGGAGAUCUGAUUUAUUCUGAUGAAAUUUAAAGUAUUUUCUUAAUAAAUAAUCACCUAUAUAUUCUAAACCCAGGUUUUUUUGUCCGAUAAAGAGCUUUGGACUUAGAGGAAUAUAUUUCAAAGUGUCUAUAAGAGUUAUUAUGCAUGUUGUUGUAACUGUACCUCCCACUGAUCCUCAGUCACUUGAGUCUAAAGACCUCACACACUCCUACCUUUGAACCUACGGCCUGCGGUUCUGACCCACGCAGGCCAUCCUGCUGUGAUAUCAUUUGACUGUACAACUGUCUUGUUGUGAUGGUGUUGGGGGCGACUGUUUCUAACUCAUGAUGUGAGGCUUAAGUAGAGGAGAUAAUGGCACUGAAAAUGGCACCAUAAUGGAGGUUCAAUGAAGAUCUGAAAACAUAAAAAGCUAGCAAGCUAGCUGAAACGUAAUAUGUCAAACUGAAACAUUGAAAAGUCCAUGUACCUCAAAAAAUCAGUCAAGAUAACCAACAUGCUAGCUAAUAUCGUUUACCUGUCACUAAUGGACCAUAAUACUGAAAUAAUAGCAAUGAUUUACAGCUAAUGAUUUUAAAUUAAAAAUGUUUUAAUUUUUAAUUACAAGUUUAUUUUUUACAGAGAACAUGCACAAUUUAAAGGAAAAACAAAAACUGCUAACGUAGCGUAUUUCCAACAGAGUUUCUCUAAUGCUAGCAAACAAUAACUGACCGGUCUCUAAUGCAGUAGUGGGCAUGGUUCCACUAAUCAGCUAAACAAAUUUUAUGUGUAGCGGAUUGGCUUUUUACCUAACUUUGUAAAUUAUUAGCAGACCAAUUAGCUUAUUCUAUACUAGUUUUUUUUCACAACUUUAAGUCACUAACUAACGAGCUAACAUUAACAGGUUUGUGUCAGUCCCAUCUGUCUUCAUCUCAAAGGAGACAACCUGAUGCUGGCUCACUUUGCUGCAUCCUCAUGAGUACAGAGCCCAUUCUGGGCCACGUCUUUCCAGUACAGUAGGCUGCAUAAAACUGCUGUGAAAUGAGACAGUCCAGCCUUUGCUUGACGUAUGUUUGCAUGACUACGCACUUCGUUCACGUCAUAUCAGACUUAAAAUGCGUUGGGAUGUGUAUUUACCCAUCUUUUCACAGAACGACUUCACAAUUACAAUGUUACACGUAAAUAAAUAAUUAAAAAAUAAUAAUUUUGGUUUAGCUUCAGUAUCAGUACUUGUAGUUGUGUUUUAUAUAACAUCUUAUUGCAGCAUGAAUUUCAUCAACUAAGUUGCUAAACUUAUGUUUAAAAACAAAUUCUUUGGUCCGUGAUGUCUUUUCCGAACUAUGCCGACUUGGUAAAAAAAUAAAACUCUGCCGUCUGCGCACUGAAUCCUGGAAUAUCCUCAGUUGGGAAGGACACUCUGAUGCAUUCUUGAUUUUUUUUUAAUUUUUUGGGCCUCAUGAGGAGGCAGCUUCGAAUUGGGACAGCACUCUGCAAGGGCAGUGACGUACGCAGCCGACAAAUGCGUACUUAUGAGGACGCAGCCCCUGAAUUGAGACACAGCCUGAAUGACCAUUGCUUUACAGAUUAGCAAUUAGCUGUUAAGUGUUAGCUUUUGCUAAUUUUUUUAUAUAUUUAGUUAGUGGAUUACGAGUUAGAAAAGCAAACUUCUUGGUUAGCCGUACCCACCACUGCACCAAUGGACCAUAACUGUGAAACAAUUUACAGCUUCAGAAAUCUAAAGUGGAUUAUUUUUCAACUUCUCUUAAGUUUAAAAGUAGCUUUAAAAUUGUAAAGUGUUACUGUGAGCAUAAUGAGAAAUGUUAACAUGUAGCAUACUACAACAAGAUACUGUCAAUGUUAGUGUUCCUUUUUGUAUGUAUUUUUUCACAUUUAGCAGUUUAGCAUUAGUUUCCAGUAUUUUCUUUAGCAUGUUUACCUUAUUUAUUAGCUUUAAUUAAACUAUAUUUUUAGUUUGCAUAUUAUUAUUUUAGUUAAUUAUACCCACCACUGCUAAUAAACCUACAGCAAAUAAACCAUCAUAAAUGCAAGAUUAUUUAUUAGCAGUGUCUAUAACUUUUACGCAUAGGAUAAAUGCUAAUAUGUAGCAUAAUAUGCCAAUUUGGUAAACAAAAUUACAGAUUCAAACCUUCCUAAUCUUGGCUGACAAUAAAUGUAAAAUAAAUGAGGAAGUAUGAAAACUGUCUUUAAUUUAGGUACGACACAAUUUUUAUGUGCCCAAAAGAAAACUUAUAAAAAAAAAUAAAAUAAAAUAAAAAGUUUAAAUUUUAUCAUAGAUCCUCCAAAAUGGCCGCCAAGAUUUCAAGAGCACUCAUCAGCUUUUUGACUGUGGUCUUUGUGUUCUCCAUGCUGCUGACUCUAACCAGAUCCAACCAGCUUCAAGCUCCUUUAGAUGUAAAGUAGAUUGUAAAAAACUGUCUGAAUGUAUCUCUGAGCAGAUUUUAAAUGGUUUAAAUAAGUGUUGAAUUUUAUUGGAGCUGUACCAAGUUAACUUWUGGUAUCUAUUUAUCAGAGUUUUAAAUGUGUAUAUAGUGUAAAUAUAUAUUAAAAAGAGUUUAACAGAAAUUUCUUGGAUAUAUGUAGAGUUCUUAAAUUUAUCUUAAACUACGACAAUGUUGAUGUGAGAAACUAUGAACUCUAGAUUUUUACAGGGUUUUUGUUAGAGGAUAUAUACUUUACUGUCUGCAUAUUCCCCUCACAGUUUCUAUGAUUAUAUGGAAAAUACAAAUAAAUUGUGUUUAUUUUAUUAUAGAGAUCUCUUUGCCUUGUUGACACACUUUACCUAAUGGCAUAUGCAAUAGUGACAUGAAUAAAAUCUAGUUUACAACUUUGGAACCAAAUGUAACAUUGCAUUCUUAUUAUUGUUAUUAUUUUCUUGUUAAAUAGGAGCCGUUGAGCUCCGUGUAUAUUUCUCUCUCUGCCAAGUGUUUUGUGUUCUCAUUGCUGGUAAAUUUUGUUCUUGAAGCAUUUUUUCCUCUAUUUUUGUCUCUAUGUUUGGAUCAUUCUGUAGUAAUUGAUCAUGAAUUGACUCAGUUUGAAUGUUUUGUCUUCCAUUGUACAUAUUUCAAUAUACUGUUUAUUGUGAUGCUCACAGGAGAUAAUUAUAAUGAUUUAUAAAUUCUGGUAGUCAAGUAUUUUUAUUUUUAUUUUUGUCUGUAUUAAUUAUUAAUAGCAACCAACAGAAAUAAAAUACUUUAUGUACAA